CGUUUCCAGCUCUGUUCCUGUGCAAUAAUACAGGCAACCCAGUUAAGCUCCAAGGACAUCUUGUUUUGUUCAUCAGAAUCAARAAAAGGAAAAGGGUUUGGAUAUUUGUUGUUGGAAGAUGAAGAAUAGGAAUUCGCCUUCAUACAAUGUAUCAUUACGUAUAUAUAUGGUGAAGGUCAAAAUGUAAAAGACGUACCCGAUAACGAAAAUGGCGAUUAGCACGGUAAACGUACUACAAAAGCUGAGAAGUCUUAUAAAUGAAGCCAUUUUACCAGAGGAUUUACAGUCAACUCCUUGGAAUGACUUUGUGUUUGAGAUAUUAUCACAUGAAAUGGCCACCCGUCGCUUGCGGAUGAACACUGUCAUAGUCUGGGAAUGUUAUGCAAGGAAGUGGCGUGAAUUACUCCCAGACCUCAAAGCUUCCCAAUCGUGGCCCGUUUAUAGUGGAAGUUACACUGAAGGAAUGCCAAAUGCUGGGGAUUUGGAUACGAUGCUCAUAGCAUCGUGGGUGGUGGUGUAUGAAUACACUGGUAAGAUGGUAGACAAUGUGAAGCAGCUACCGUUUGUCACAACCUCAGAUUGUCACCCAGGGUUCAUUCAAAUUAUCGUCCCGCAUGCCACACGAAAAGUUUACGACUUUAAAGAUUACCAAAUACGAAAAAUUGGACGGCAUUUUUACUUGAGAAGCGACGGGUUUCUCCGCACUAUGCAAGGGUGGGGAACUACUGGGAGCAAUUAUGAAGUACAUGGACCAGCUUUCACACUAUCAGCGACCGAGGCAACCUCGUAUGAUAUCAUCCAUGCAAUUAGGUGUACACAUUGGCCUGCGUUUGCGCAAGAUAUUUUUAACCGCACAAAGAUGCCAGCCGAUUUGGUUGAGAAGUUGAAAAGCUCGAGUCUGUAUGCUGUGGCAACUGGUCAUGCUUUGAGUAAGGAUGCAGACGUGCAAUGGAGACUAUCGUUCAGCGAAGCCGAGAACCAUUUAGUCAAAAAUUGGAAUGAAACUCAGUUUUAUUGUUACUUUCUUUUGAAGAACUUUAAGAUGAUUCAUCUUAAAAAUCCCGAUAUCUUGUGUUCUUAUUUUAUGAAAACAGUGAUUUUUUGGAUGAGUGAAGUUCUCCCACAAGAAUGGUGGAAUCCAAGCAGACUGAUCAAGUCGUUUUGCACGUCCUUGUUUAUUCUCCAGUCCAUGUUCAGAAAUCACUGCCUCCCAAAUUAUUUUAUCCCACAAAACAACAUGAUAGACCACAAGAAAAGAAACGACUGUCUUGCUCUUGCAGACACGCUUCAUUCUAUCUUGUCUUCUGGUCGUAUGAAAGUGAUAAUAGCAGAGCUACUAUGUGAAGAACAGCUAGAGAUCGUCUACCAAGUAGUAAAUAAUGUCCCAACACACAUUCCUGUCCGAUCAUGUCGAAACCUCUGCACAAUAGUUCGACAAUACUGCCAAAGCACGGUCUCAUUUUCUGAAGCGCUUUUGGUAAACGAAGCAACGAUUUUAUCUUCUUUGACAGUGAUGAUGACCGUGUGGAACAAGACACAAUGUAAAGCCAUGGAGGCCAUCUUAACAAAGCUACCAGAACUAGUUUCUCCAGAUAUGGUUAACGUAUUUCACGUAAUGAUAACGAGACAAAUUGCUGAUUCCUACCAUUCACUUUCGACAAGGGAUUCAAAAAAAAGAGCCGAGCAUCUGUACAAGGAAUCUCUAACACUUGUAUAUCCUUGUGGCUUUGAUGACGAGGGCUUAUCAGGAACUGUUCAGCUUGCACUUUUCUACUACCUGGAAGGCAACACUAGCCAGGCACUUACAGUUCUUCGUGAUAUUAUACCAGUAAUAGUUAAGGCAGUGAAGAUGAACAGCGUGAGAAGAUAUAUCUUCAUUUCCUUUUCUUUAUGUAUGAAAGAGAGAUUUGCUCGAGACGAAUUCUUGUACAAAGAAGUUAGCAGCAGUAAGGGGGACUCGCGAUCGAUGCCGUAUAUUUGCGGGUUUAACCCGCGGAAUUACGAACGCGGGUACAGCAGAUUUACGGGAUUUCCCGCGCGACAAGUCCUUACUGCUGCUGUGUUGGGUACCGCAAACGGAGGUUAAAAUAUUUGUCGGAUAUACAAUGCAUGAAUGUAAAAAGUUCACCAAUGACUU